UGCCCAUUCUCUCGGCGGGAAGCCGAACGUAAUUUUUUUUUUUACAGAAUGUUUUUCACGGACAUAGAAGAAAGGAAAUUAAUCAAACUAGUAUCACAGCACCCAGCACUCUAUAACUCAAACAACGACGGUUACCACAAUCAAGUGAUAAAGGAAACGAAUUGGAUAAAUAUAGGACAGGCGUUAUUAAAACCACCUGAAGAGUGUAGGAAAAAAUGGAAAUUCAUCAGAGACGGAUACAUGCGCUUUAAGAGGAGAUCACUCAGAGCUGGCCCAGACAUGGCGCCGCGGAAAAGUUCAAAAAACACGCGCCACAAAAUGUUAUUAUUUCUAGAAGCUAUCACUGAUGAUUCAGCACAGACUAUAUCAGAUUUAGAGUCUGUGGACAUGAAACCACAUGAAGAAACGUCUGCUUUAGAUGCGGAAAUUUCAAGCAACGAUGAUUCAAGCCAGGAAAAUUUUGAGGCUCGGUACGAUUACGUGGAUGAAAAGAAUUUUUCAUUCGCUACCACUAAUAUAAACGAGAAUAAUAUUAAAAGGGAAGAAGAAGACGGAUAUCAGAGCAAGGAACGGCAAAUAGUUCGUGACGAAGAUAAAUUGGAAUCAGAUGAUACUAAUGUUAGAAGGAGAGAUGGAGAUUUGAGAAAACGAGAAGAUGAUGUGGAUUUGUUCUGCCGUCAUAUUGCAGAAGUAUUGAGGAAUUUACCGCCGCUGUACAAAGCUAAAGCUAAGAAGAGUAUUAGCGCGAUAGUGUCAGAUUAUGAAAUAAAAGCUGCGCAGUCAAAUUCUAAUUCAUCAGAUAGUUCGAAAAGUGAUUGACAUACUUUUUAUUUUGUUUAUGAGAAGCUAUAAGAUUAAAUAAUAAGUUUGUAGCAAUCAUCAAAUCUUUAUCUUAACCUAAAAAGUAUGAAAUAAUAAUAACAUGAAGUUAUUAUGGAACAGAAUGGUUUUCAAUGUUGUGCUUCUCCAAACUUAAUUUCUCAACCACCGACACACAUAAACUAAAUAAAAAGGUUAUAGUCCAUUUCAUUUAUACGACUGAAGUUUUUAAAGGUGAUUCUGUACAGGGGCGUAUAAAAAACAUCAAAAGCCCUUUUCUAAGUCAUAAAUUAUGUUCUCAUACGCUUUUUAUAUGAAAUUGUGAGAAUUUUAUGGCCCUUGCAUGAUAAAGCACAUAAUAUUCUAUUUAAACAGGCUGUAAAAUGUAUAAUAAGGAUUAUUAUUUCAUUACAAUCUAAGUAACUAGGGUAUUUUUUAUAUUUUAUUGUCAAUUUCAAUAUUUUUAUGGCAUUUAAUAUUGGACAUUUCAGUGUCAACCUAUAACUACUUUUAGAUAUUAAAUAGGGUUUCUCUUGAAUCGCGAGGGUAUUUAAUACCAAUAAG